AAAUAAUUAAAAUAAAAUAAAAUAAAAAUUGGAAAGUCUGAAUCUUUGUGUGUGGAAAUACCAAACAUGGAGUAACAAAUCAGAAAUCUCCUAUCUCCAACAUUUGUAGGCUCUUCCUUCCUCUUGGAGGAAGAAGAAGAAGAGGAAGAAGAAGACAAAGAGGGAUCUUUUCCUCCUCUUUUUUAUCAGAUAUAUUUUGUUCAACUCAGCCAUGGUUCCCAGCAAGCCCAAUUCUACUGGCGAACCAAGUGUUUCAUGCUCACAGCCAGAGAACGGUUUUCUCAAUUCAAUUUCGCUUUUAAGUUCAGAGAAAGCAGUCCAGGAACUUUUUCAUCAAUCUCCCUUUCAGAGCACAGAUGACCACCUCAUAGAGUUCUCAGACGCUAUGAGAACUGUUGAAAAGGCCCUUAGACGGGCUGCUGAAGGAAAGGCUUCUGCUCAAGCUGAGGCAGCUGAAUGGAAGCAUAAAUAUGAACUGGAGAGGGCUCGCAAUCUACAUUUGGAACAUAAAGGCGACAGCUUUUAUGAAAAGCUACGAAGUUUGUGGGCUCUGAGUUUUCUACGUAAUGCAAUGGGAAUGAUAGGAUUUAUGCUUCCAUGUGUAUUCUGCUUGGAAAUUUGCAAGCAACCGGACAGGGAAGUUUCUGAAGAGCAAUCAAGUAAAGAGAAUAACUGCGUUGAUGAGAGGACAGAGAAGUUGGCCAGCCAAUCAAAUGAGCAAUCUGAACAGUGUUGUGGGAGGAAUGGGAUAUGCUCCUAUGAAGUUCUUCGGGAUGAAAGCUGUUGUGAUUCCAAGGCAUUUCUCAAUAAAUAUACCAGAAAGGCAUCAUUUAAACUUUCAUGGUGGUGCAACGGCGAUGAGAGUGACCAGCACAAGCAUGACAUCGUCUCUUUUGAAAGGGGAAACAUUACAACUGCAGAGCGUAGUAGUAAACAGAUUGCUUUGAAGUGGGAAUCUCAGCCACAGACUGUGAUUAUAUUGACGAAACCAAAUUCAACUUCUGUUCAAAUUCUAUGUGCCGAGAUGGUCAGAUGGUUGAGUGAGCAGAAAAAGUUAAAUAUUUACGUGGAACCACGAGUAAGAGCUGAACUUCUAACAGAGUCAUCUUACUUCAACUUCGUCCAUACAUGGAAGGAUGAGACCGAAAUAAUGCUCCUGCACACAAAAGUGGACCUUGUGGUAACUCUUGGCGGGGAUGGAACUGUCCUCUGGGCAGCAUCUAUGUUCAAAGGACCAGUUCCUCCUGUUGUGCCGUUUUCAUUAGGGUCACUGGGAUUUAUGACUCCUUUUCACAGUGAACGCUACCGAGACUAUCUUGAUUCAAUUUUAAACGGUCCCAUUAAUAUCACAUUGCGACACCGGUUGCAGUGCCACGUUAUUAGAGAAGCAACCAAAAAUGAGUAUGAAACUGAAGGGCCAAUGCUAGUACUAAAUGAGGUUACAAUUGACCGUGGGAUAUCAUCAUACCUCACAAAUUUGGAAUGCUAUUGUGACAAUUCUUUUGUCACGUGUGUCCAAGGAGAUGGGCUAAUAUUAUCAACAACUUCUGGCAGUACCGCGUAUUCAUUAGCAGCUGGAGGAUCAAUGGUCCAUCCCCAGGUUCCUGGAAUUCUUUUUACACCUAUCUGUCCACAUUCCUUAUCAUUUCGGCCUUUGAUAUUUCCUGAGCACGUGACGUUGCGAGUACAAGUACCCUCCAACAGCAGAAGCCAUGCAUGGGCGUCGUUUGAUGGAAAGGGCAGGAAACAGUUGGCUGCCGGCGAUGCACUUGUGUGCAGCAUGGCGCCUUGGCCUGUCCCUACUGCAUGUCAAGUUGAUUCCACCAGUGACUUCUUGAACAGCAUCCAUGACGGCCUCCACUGGAACCUGAGAAAGACUCAGUCGUUCGAUGGCCCUCGGGAAGCAUAGUGCGUAUUUUUUCUUUUGUAUACUAAUUCUCUAGUUUGCAGGUCCGGAUAGAACCAAAACCUAACGUGUUAUUAAGGGAAGAAAGGGGGAGGUGAGUCGGGUGGAAGGUGAAGAGCAAAUCUAAAAGUCCUGGGAUUAUUCAUCUUUCAUGUGUAUGGUCUCCUCCUCGAAUAAGUUCAAGGGUUGAAGCAGAGCACUUGUUAAAUGGAUGCCAAAAGAUUAAUUUGACCGCUUUCGUCAUCAGGAACUUGUACACUGGAUGUUGAUCACUGAUCGAAUAUAUACAAGCAAUUUAGAAAUUGUCCA